AUGAGAAAAAAGUUUCUAGUGUUUCUAGCGGUUUUAUUCUUUUUCAAUUGUGGUUCCAGUGGCCAAGAUAUUGUACCUUUAAGUGGGCCUUUACUUGAGAUAGGGACAAGAACUUGUCGUUUUUCCAAUGGGCUAUGCGCCUGGCAGAAUGUUGAAGAUGGUGAUGAUUUUGACUGGACACGUCAUGAUGGGUGUACACCAAGUGAAAAUACAGGACCUUGUAACGACCGCACGUCCGCGGAUGGGACUGGAAAGUACCUCUACAUUGAGUCGUCAUAUCCACGAUUGCCAGGACAUAAAGCUCGUAUCACACGGGAGUUCGAUCAAUUCAACUGUCUCAAACUGUGGUAUUACAUGUCUGGAGCUGAUAUUGGCUGGUUGAGUGUCUAUCGGUGUUCCGAAACAGAUCAAGAGACCUUAUUAUGGAGUAUGAACAAGGACCAAGGGGAGGAAUGGAAACAAGUGCAAAUAAAUUUAAUGGACAGCGGUAAUAACGAACACACAAAGGUGGGCGGUGUAAACAUUCAUGAGCUAUUCUUUAUAUUUAGCUUAUGGGAGAGCAUGAUCAGCGCCAGCGAAUAUCAUUACAAGAGUUAUCUCAGUAAACCCCUGUCAGACCCGGAUGGCAGAGAGGUAAUCAUCGAGGGAGGAAUUGGAAAUGGUUACCAUGGUGAUAUCGCAAUUGAUGACGUAACCCUGAAUAGAGAAUCCUGCAGCGAUGUUGGACUUGGUUUCCCUAUGAAACAGGUUGCCCAUUAUAGAUUGGACGGUAGAGAGAAUGACGUAAUGCUGGACGGAAAUACUUCAUAUAAACUACAACAAGGCUGGAGAGCGGUGUACCUUGAUGGUGUGACGUCAUUGAUAAGUUUUCCCAAAGGGCUUUUUAUGAGUAACAUCAGCUUCACGGUGGCAUUGUGGGUGCUGACGCAGAAACCGGAUGUUGAUUCAAUUCUCUUUGCUUCAUUUGACCUGUUUCAAAUCAAGCUUAGUAAUACGACUGUUGAGGCAGGGAUGAUGGGCAAGUUCUCCUGUUGCUUAUUCGACCUAACUGGCAGUUCAAUAAAAGCAAACACGUGGACGCACGUGGCAGUAACGUGGAACUUAGAGCAGCGUACCGCUUGUCUUUGGGUAGAUAACGAGAAGGAAACUUUUCAAGUUAGUCAUUCGGUAGAUCUUCCAUUCAAGUCCGAUGCGCAAUAUUUUCAAAUCGGACCUGGAAAUGAAAACCGUAACUUGUCACGCUACCAAGGCUAUAUCAGAGAUGUGAAGCUAUUUGAAAAAGGAUUGAGUCAAGCAGAAGUUGAAGAUAUAAAAGGUCCAGUGUGUGAACCUCCAUGCCAAGCCCCAGGCUUCUGUAGUCGUGAAAUGAGCAAAUGUUUUUGUGGAGAUCGAGACCUGGACUAUGUAACCGAAUCGUGCGAAAAUGCUCUUGUGGCCACCAUCUACAAUGAAAGUAUAAGUUAUCUUCCUUUCGACGAAUCGAACCUUUUAGAUUUGAAAACUGGGAAUCCACUUUCUCUGGUUCAUUCACCAGAUGGAUCUAAUGAUUUUUCAGAUCAAGUAAAUAAUGUAUCAUUGAUCAUUGGUCCAGUAAACAGAGCCAUUCAGCUUUCGGGAAAAGCUCAUCUUAAACUCCUCGAGACUAGCUGCUUUGACCGACCAUCCUUGUGUCAAAAUGGGAUGACUGUGGCCUUUUGGAUAAAAUUGUUUGGACCAAAGUUCAGCCCUUCGUUUUUCCUCACGCCAUUGCCAACUUCGGAAAGUGUAACUGUUGAGUACUUAAUGUACCACGAAGGCGUGGCUUUUCGUGCUCACAUAGAAGAUGAGUUACUUGCUGGGAUCGAUGUCUUCUUCUCAUCGCCAACUCACUUUUGUAGCUAUGGGGUCCCUGUAGCCACAAAUGCCUGGAGUCACGUGACUAUAAUGUGGUUGCACAGAGGAGCCAUCGAGAUUUUCCUCAAUGGCCUCAGGUUACCAGCUUAUGCUAACUGUACUGAAACAUCGACUGCUUUGGGGUUUGAGGCAGUUAGAAAGAUAGGAAUUGGAAGCAAUAAGUUCUUACUUUCAAUGGAUGAGUUGGCAGUGUGGAACAAAGCUUUAUCUCUUUCGGAAGCAGAGAAAAUCUUUUCUUACAUACACACAGUAAAACCCAAGAAGGUGCUUUUUGAAUUGAAGUUCCCACACGAGGCUUGGCAGGACAGACUUAAAGAUCCUGAGAGCGAUAAAUACAACCUUUUCACUGAAAAACUGACUGAGAAGUUCUCAUCUCUGUUUAUUGAGACUCCUUACUUCACUGGGAUAAAAGUUCACAAUUUUAGAGCUGGAAGUGUCAUCGCAAAUCUAACCCUGUCAUUCGAUACGCUUUCGUACGACGUCAUACUCUUGAUAGAAGAAGCUUUAUUUACCAAUAAGUCUCUGGGAAACAUGGCGAUCGAGUGUGAGGCAAUUCGCUUUGUGAAUGUUCCAGACGGAAACGUCAGAAUCAUUGAUGCACAUGCCCCAAAUAGCACCUGUGUAAGUGUGACCUGGACCGGAUUGCCUGAGGAAAAAUCUCAGGGAGCACUACAAGGCUAUAAGAUUCUUUACAAGGCGACCAGUGUUGAGUCGCCUUACAAGGCAUUCGUCACGUAUGGUGCUGUUACGAGUGUUUUGAUUAAGGACCUGAGGCCAAGCACGCAAUACAUCCUUAUGGUCUUUGCCUUCAAUGUGUAUGGCGAUGGGCGCCAUAGUCAACCAGUCAACGUCACGACACAAGAGCAACGCCUUGAAGUCUAUGGUCACAACAUAAGCAGCAAUGCUAUAAAAGUCUUUUGGAACUCGGUAUCUCGCGACUUUCUUGGCUUUAUCGUAAGGUAUUGGGCAAUAACUGAUGGCGAAGUCACAGCUGUUUUAAGGCAAGUCACCAAGACAACGAACAGUAUUCAGCUUGAGGGCCUGGAGGCAUUUACAGUGUAUGUGGUGCAAGUAAAAGUUGUCGGGAUGAAUGGCACAGCAGGUCACAUUUGGGGACAGGCAAAGAUUUCAACAGAUGAAGCAGUUCCGAGCCGCCCGCCAGGAAAUGUAACCGCCUUUGCUAAUGGCACGGGAGUUAUACGAGUGACCUGGAUACCAGUAGAGGCAGAGUUUGUUCAUGGCAUUCUGCGGGGUUAUAAGGUUCGCUUCAAAGAGCUUGCGCAAACGAGUGCUCUUGAUUGGAUUACGGAAACUGUUGGCAGCAGCGUAAAUUAUAUCGAGCUCAGUGGGUUAAAGCCUCAAACAACAUAUGAAGUGCAAGUGUCAGCGUUUACUAUUAGAGAUGGAAAUUAUAGUGAGAGCGUAAUUGCCACCACACUUAAAGGGCCCCUCUCUCAUCCGCAAAACGUGACAGCACAUUCAACAAGUCCCACAUCCAUAACAGUGAACUGGAACCGGGUAAUUGUGGCUGAGGUUAUAAAUGCGAGCUUGUGUUAUCUUGUCCAGUGGACAGAAGACGGAAACGGAGUUGAAAGGAAUGCCACUGCUAAUACCACCUCAUACGUGAUUACAGACCUCAGAAUGGCAACUGAAUAUAACGUUUGUGUGGCUACUGUCCACAAUGCAGUUAUCAGUGAAUUCAGCAGUAAAGUACUCGUCCGCACCCAAGAUCUGCAAGUACCCAGCUCUCCACCAGAAAACGUUUUCGUACGAACAACCAACCACUCAGACCUUCAAAUAACCUGGUCACGUGUCCCUUCCAGUGCCGCUCACAGCGUUGUAAUAGGUUAUCACGUGCGAGUGGCCCGAGAAAAUGGCAAAGAAAUCGCGAUUGCGACGUGCCCAUUUCGUGCGAACACAAGUUUGUCAAACCUGACUGUGUACCAGAAUUAUUGUGUUGCUGUGGCAGCAUUUAGCAGGAGGGGAAUUGGACCGGUAUCCCUGAGGAAGUGUGCUGUCGUGGACGACGGAGCUAUUUGUCCCCCUCCCCAGCAGCUAAUUGUGAGAAACGUAACUGCAACCAAUGCUUCUCUUAAAUUGGUUUACGACGGAGCGUGCGUAAAUGCUAGCUUUGUCACUGGCUAUAGAGUGACGUACUCGAGCAGUGCGAACCGCUCGCAGCUGGAGAUUCCGGAUGCGAGGUCUACUUCCGUAUUUCUUCAAAAUCUAAUGCCAAACACAACAUACCAAGUUGAAAUAAUGGUGUUAACUUUAAAUGGCAAAGACAGUGUUCCUUCUGAGCCUAUGCAGUUCAUCACAAAAGAGAGCACUCCUUGUCCACCUCCGCGGCAGCCUGUUGUACGAAACGUCACUGCUACCAAUGCCUAUAUUGAAUGGCUUUAUGACGGAGCAUGCGCAAAUGCUGGCUUUGUUACUGGCUAUAGAGUGACGUACUCGAGUAGCGUGAACCGUUCGCAGCUGGAGAUCCCGGAUGCGAUGUCUACUUCCGUAUCUCUUCAAAAUCUAACGCCAAACACAACAUACCAAGUUGAAAUAAUGGUGUUAACUUUAAAUAACAAAGACAGUGUUCCAUCUGAGCUUGUGCAGUUCAACACAAAAGAGAUCAUUCCUUGUCCUCCUCCCCAACGGCUUAUUGUACGAGAUGUCACUGAUACCAACGCCUCUAUUGAAUGGGUUUAUGACGGAGUAUGCGUAAAUGCUGGCUUUGUCACUGGCUACAGAGUGACGUACACGAGUGGUACGAAUAGCUCGCAGUUGGAGAUCCCGGGUCCGAGAUCUACCUCCGUAUCUCUUCAAAACUUAACGCCAGUCACAACAUAUAUAGUUCAGAUAAUGGUUUUAACUUCAAAUGGCAAAGACAGUGUUCCUUCUGAGCCUAGGCAGUUCAUCACAGAAGAGAUAACUCCUUGUCAACCUCCCCAACAGCCUAGUGUUCACGACGUCACUGCCACUAAUGUCACGAUCGAAUGGGUUUAUAACGGAGCAUGCGCAAAUUCUGGCUUUGUCACCGGCUUCAGAAUGACGUACACGAGUGGAGCAAGCCGUUUGCAGCUGGAGAUCCCGGAUGCUGGGACUACUUCCGCAUUUCUUCAAAAUCUAACGCCACUCACAACGUACCAAGUUAACAUAAUGGUUUUAACCUCGAAUGGCAGAGACAGUGUUCCUUCUGAGCCUGUGCAGUUCAUUACAAAGGAGAUCGAGUCUCAGGAAAGACCAGAGAAUAUUCAAGCUCUGCUGGUGUUAUCCGAUUUAAUUUCGCUGAGAUGGUCGUUCAUGAUCAACCCAAAUGAUGAUGUACUGUACCAGGGUUUCAAGGUCCAGUAUCGAGUGGUUGGCAGAGUGGGAGACUGGAGUGUUGUAACCGUGUAUGGAAUUGACAAACGAUCAUUGGUUCUAUCCGGGAUGAGACCUGGCUUGUCUUACGAAGUAAUAGUCAGGGCUUCCAGUGACCAAAGCGAAGGAAAUCCAUCACAUCCUGUUAUUAUUACAACACUAGAAAGCGUCCCCAGUGCUCCCCCAAGAAAUAUCACCAGCCUGGGUCUCACCAGUACAAACCACUUAUUCAUUCGAUGGACGAAUAUUCCGGAUGACGAGGUCAAUGGAGAACUUAAAGGCUAUGUGGUGUCGUACAUGGAGGUCAGCAUUGGCGGCGUCAAAGUUACAGACGCGGUAGCAAAGACGAAGAGCGUCAGAGCAGACACUCACUUCAUGGUCUUAGAUGGUGUGUUGAGUUUUGCGACUUAUGCCAUUAGAGUGGCCGGACUCACAAAGUACGGAGAGGGAAAAUUUAGCACGGCCAAAUAUGAGGAGACAUGUCGAUGUGAAAAGCGAUUGACUGCAAACUAUUGGUUGAAUCCACCUUACGUCAUCAGCCCCUCUGCCAAUAAUAUGAGCGGAAUUUUCAUGGCCAUCUUGGACCAGAUGGUUUUCCAGUGUUGUGCAAAUUGUACAAGUGGACAUGGGACUUCUUUCGUCGAUUACAACUCAGAUGGCGAUCAGAACUUUGCAAAGAAGCCUACAGAACACAACAUGAUAGACGCCAUUGAUCACGUGACAGAUUUGCAUUUUCCAGUGCAUGGUUCGUCUGAUCAGCGGACGUAUUCAGGAACGUUCAAGUAUGUUCCCGUGGUGGAGUCCCCUGGGGCGGCCUUCAUUGUCCGAUAUAAGAAACCGAACGCACCGAUAACAAAUGCAUUAGUUAAAUGCUGGCCGCUUGCUGCUUUGGUUUUUGUGUUUGUCUUAUCGUCUGGACUUUUAUAUUGGAUAACGGACUGUUCCGAGAACUCAGAACUUUCACCUUCGUUCCUAAAAGGAUUCUGGGAAGGCACAUGGUGGGCGUUCGUCACUUGUUCAACAGUAGGAUAUGGUGACAAGACACCCCGUUCGUUUGUGGCUAAAUGGUUAGCUAUGGUUUGGAUGAUUGCGGGGUGUGUUGUGUUCUCUUUACUGUCCAGCUGUUUAAUAGCAGGACUGACUGUAACCACUGUUGAUAACAGUAAUAUCAAACUUUAUGGAUUGAAGGUGGCCGUUCUACGCGACUCCCCUGAGUAUAAUCUUGCAUUGAGAAGAAAUGCUCAAGUCAACAAUGCUCGUAACUACACCAAUCUUGAGGAGAUAAGAGAAGAUCUAUUGAAAGGAGUGGUGGAGGGGGCCUUAAUUGACACAUACGUAGUAGCUGAAAGACUUGAUUUGUUUCAAGAUGAAUCAUUACAAAUUUACAAGCUUAUUGACUACCGUUCAUCGUUUGGCAUUGUUUUGGGGGGGAACUCAGUCAGAUUGCAGCACUGCUUCCUUGACUAUCUCAAGAAUGAAAAAUCAAUGUUAGCACACCUUGUAGAGAAGUACACAGCCACUUUACAACAAGCUGAAACUUCAUUAGCAGAACAAAUGGCAACAGGAAUGUUUGACAGUUCCGAGAUCACCUACAGAUUCAAUGUGAUUGUGUUGUCAGCAAUUGUGGCUACUGCCAUUAUAUGUGGAGGUAUUUUUGAUUUCUGCAGAUGGAUGAAGCAUCGCAUGAAACGAGUAGCAGAUGAUGAAACCAGAAGGAAUAACAACAGGAGACACAUGUUUAUUCAAGAAACAAACAAACUAAUGACAGAAUUUUUUAGCAACACUCGUAGGCAGUACAAUAAAAUUGCUGCCAGACACAGAGAAGAACGAAGGCAGCUACUGAACUCCAACAGGAAGGAAAAUAAAUAAUGCUGGACAAAAAUAUGAAGUAGGCAAAGUUAGGACAUCAAAGAAUAAAAAAAGUUUUUGAGAAGUGAAAGCACAAUCUGUGACAACAGAAGGUACCAUGUUUCUGCAAUAUGUUAUAAAAAUGGUGUUCUGGACCAUGCUUCAUAAGGAUAAAAAAUGGGCUUUUGACAGUUAGCAUUUGUCACCAUUUGCAGGUGAAAUUACCAUCCAUGUGGGAAGUGAUUACAUUGUGAGAAAAAUGAUAAAUCUUUAUUGUUAUUGUAUAAAUCUUAACGCUGCAAGCUAUGAAGGUGACAGAAAUAACAAGAAUACACAAUGUAAAUAUACAGUUCUAGGCACACACCAUGAGCUUAUCUGCUACAAUAAUCUUAAUAGACUCUGGCCUUCACUUUAGUGUUAGUAUUGUAACCUUUCUAUAAGUAGAAGGAAUAAGCUCAAGGACUUUCAGAGCCAAUUUUUUAAAACCUUUAUCUCCCAUGAAUGACCAAGACAGAAUUUCUCCCCACAAUAUCAAUACAAUAUCAAGCACAAAAGUGAUGAGAAUAAAGACAAAUAUUGAUUAAGGGAUUAUAAAUUAACCCAAUAGAAAAUUCUCCAAACUAACAUUACAAGAACUGUAUGGCAGACAGUAAGGAGAAUUAUCAAUGAGAUCUUGGGAGUUAAAGAGUUAAAGACAUUACACAAGAAAUUCAGUUUUUGCUAUACCAUAGUGCAAAGUGCGUCAUUCUUAUCAACUACAUGUACAAUGUAUGAAGACCUUUAACCCUUUAACUCUCAAGAUCUGAUUGUUAAUUCUCCUCUCUAGCUGCUACACAUUUCCUUGUAAAUAGGUUACGAGAAUUUGGUGUUAGAUCAAGAUAACAACUAACUUCUACCUGAUACAAUUGAGUACUCUCAUUACCUGUUUACUGGAUAGUGGAUGGAUAUUGUAGGGAGAAGUUACUUCUUAAUCACUACUGGAAGUUAAAGGGUUAAGUCAUGAUCUAUAGAAAAUCAUGGUAGCACCUGAUGUUCGUGAUCCAGCAUGUACCUAUACACCUUUUUAUAGUUAAGUUUUAGAAUGUUUCAUAUUACAUAUGAUUCAGAAAUUAAAGCUUCUUUCACAGUUUG